UAUAACUAAUUCACUAUUAUUACUACUUUAUAGUACUUGUAUAUACUUAAAGUAUAACAUUUACACAAGACAAGAAUAUCUAUACAUAGUAUAAUUCAAAUUUUCAGGGAUAUCCCCCUAUUAUUGCUCAUUCAAAUUAGUAUAGUAUCAUUAGUAAUUAUUAACCUAUAAAUUUUUCAAUAAAAUAGCACUAGCUUGUUCAAAUUUACCUUAUAAAAGAUCAUAGAUUUUGAUUAACAAUUAAAGAUGGCCCAUGAUGGGUCAGACACAUAUUCUGAAGAUUCGGGAUCUUCAAUUAUGGAACAUGGUUUAUUCCCUUCUAUGAAAGAUAAGAAUAAAUUAAAUAUGAAUUCAAAUCAGUCUUCAGAUACUUCAUCACGAAAUUCUUAUCAUAUAGAUUAUUUAGGGAAUGAUUCUGCUAGUUCCAUAGGAGAUUUACGACAUAUGUUUUUACGAAACAACAAUAAUAAUAAUUCAAGAUCUCAAUCAACUCCAAAUGCUAUACCUUAUACAUCAACUAAUAAUGAUAAUAUUCAUGUAGAUUCUGUAUUGGAUUCAAGUGAUUCAGCAACCAUAGAAACUUCAACUUAUUCUAUAGACUCAUCCAUUAUAAAUCGAAUGCCCGAUGUAUUAAAAGUCACUGAAUCUGGUGAUAGAUUCAAAUAUUUAAAAACUUAUGAAAAGAUCAAAAAGGAUCAUGAUCGAGAUUUACAAGUUAAAUCGGUUGUAGAAAGUAUGAAGAAUCACGAAGAAAUACCGUUACAAGUGCUUAAUUCUCAUUCAUCAAUCUUUGAAUUAUCUCAACUUGAUGAUUUUAAUCGUUAUUUAAAACAAACUGAAUUAAAUGAUUUAAUUUAUGCUAAAGUGGCUAAAAGUAUACCGAUUUCAAAAGAACAUGAUUUUUUAAAUGUGGUUCAGAAUAAUGAAUUAGUAGAUAACUUUUAUGUUGAUCAUGAAUUUAAAGAUGAAAGAACCAAAUCAUUAAAGCCAGCUCGAUUAAAGACUUGGUAUGGACGUCAUCAUCACUUACAAAAUUCAAGUGAUCGUCAUCAAGCCGCUUCCAAGAGUAGUAUUAGUGAAUUAAAUUUUGAAAAUUCUCCAAGUUCUUCUGAUAACUCUAAUGAAAAGGAGAAUAAAAUAUAUUUACAAAGAAAAUUAAAAGUACGACAUCUUCAAAUGAUUUCAUUAGGGGGAACUUUAGGAGUUGGACUUUUUCUUAAUUCUGGUAAAGCACUUACUAUAGCAGGAGGAUUAGGAACUCUUUUAGCAUUUAUAAUAUGUGGAAUUAUAGUUUUAGCUACUAUGGUUUCAUUCUGUGAAAUGGUAACUUUUGUAUCAGUAGUUGAUGGAGUGUCUGGUUUAAGUUCAAGAUUUGUUGAUGAUGCAUUUGGAUUUGCUGUAGGAUGGUUAUACUUUGUAAGUUUUUCAUUUGGGUUAGCAGGUGAAGUAGUAGCGAGUGUUAUAAUGUUAUCAUAUUAUCAAUAUCUAGAUAUUCCCGAUAGUAGAGGAUCAUCAGCUGGAUUUGUAACUUUAUUCUUAACUAUUGUUGUACUAAGUAAUUUAAUUGAUGUGAGAAUCUUUGGAGAAAUUGAAUAUAUUUCAAGUUUCAUUAAAUUACUAGCAGCAUUAAUUAUGAUUAUUGUUAUGAUAGUAUUAAAUAGAGGAGGAUUUGGAGGUGAUCCAAUUGGAUUUAGAUAUUGGAAUCAUCUGAAAUCAGAUUUUGAUCAUAAUUUAAUCUUUGGCUUAUUUAGACCAACAUUUAAUUUACAUGAUACAGGUACUAAUGAUCCUUCUCAAGGUAUAGGAGGAGGUUUAGGAAGAUUUUUAUCUAUUCUAGUGGCAUUAUUAGUAGUUUCAUAUGCAUAUUCAGGAACUGAGAUAGUUUGUAUCGCAGCUUGUGAAGCAAAGAAUCCCAGAAAGGCACUUCCAUCAGCUACUAAGAGAGUAUUUUGGAGAAUUUUAUUAUUUUAUUGUUUAUCAGCAUUCUGUGUAUCAUUAAAUAUUUAUGCUGGAGAUCCAAGAUUAUUGAGAUAUUAUCUGGGGAAUACUGGUAUUUCCCAAAAUCAAUUUUCUGCUAAUUAUGCUAUUCAAUAUGCUGGAGGAGUUAAUUGUAAUACUGAUUCGAUUGUAUUUGCUGGAUUUGGUAGUGGAGCUCAAAGUCCAUGGAUUGUUGCUUUACAAAGUGCUGGAUUAUGUAAUUUCAGUGCUAUUGUUAAUGGAUUUCUUGUAUUCUUUGCUGUAAGUUGUGGGAAUGCACAAUUAUAUGUUAGUUCUCGUACGGUUUAUUCUAUGGCAUUACAAGGAAAAGCUCCUAAAUUUCUUACAUAUUGUAGUAGACAAGGUAUACCUUAUAAUGCAGUAUUAUUUGCCGCAAGCUUUGGAUUAUUAUCAUUUAUUUGUGUAUCAGAAAAGGCUACAGUUGUAUUUCAAAAUUUAACUAGUAUAAUUGCUUCUUCAGGUAUAAUAGUUUGGUUUGCAAUGUGUUUAUCAUUUGUUAGAUUUUAUUAUGGAUUAAGAAGAAGACCAGAUAUUAUUAAUAGAGAUGAUAAAGCAUAUCCAUAUAGAUCACCAUUUCAACCAUAUAGUGCAAUAAUUGGACUUAUUGGUACCAGUGUUAUUUUAUUAUGUAUGGGAUUUGUUGUAUUUUUAAAAUCAGAAUGGAAUACCAUGUUUUUCUUUUCAAGUUAUGGUACAUUAAUGGUAUUUGCAGUUUUAUAUAUUGGAUAUAAAAUUAUUAGAGGUACAAGAAUUCCUACAUUAGAUACAAUUGAUUUUGAUUCAGGUAGAACAGAAAUGGAUAGAUAUAUUUGGGAUGGUGGUAGAGAAUAUAAUGCUACAAGUAUUAAAGACAUUUUACAUAAAUGUAUUUCGUUUCUUGCAUGAUAUUUUUUUAAAUGUUACUUUACUUUUUAAUUUUACUUUUUAAUUUUACUUUUACUUUUACUUUUACUUUUUAAUUUUUAUUUUAAUUUGACUUUUACUUUAUUUAUAUUUUAUUGGUUUACGGAUUUAUUAUUUACAUUUACUACAUAUUAAUAUUUUAUAGACGUGUAUAUUAUUAUUUCGAAUUAUAUAAUAUACGAGGAU